AGUAGGACAACUUUUUCUAUUUUUAUCCAGCGUUUAUAGCACUGUCGCGAAGCUAAUGGUUCGUAUACAACAAUGCGAUGUUAAGUGAACUGUAAGAUAUUAUGUCUUGACGUAUUCUUCGUGCCUUUAUAAACAUUUUCUUCAGCGGAAAUUCGUCAGACACACCAAGAUCAAGCAACCUUUAAGUCGAUAAAAUGACAAACAACAAGUGCGGGCUUAGUGUAACUACAGUAGCUGUAGUAUUUUGUUGUUGGGCAUUAUUAUGUACCAGUGCAUCAUUAAGCGCAAGAUGCAAGCUCAAACGGCACACGCACAAAGCUAUGCAGACAGACUUUAAUGGGCGAAGAUGUUGGGACGAUGUUAAAAUAGUAUCUUGCUGGGGAUAUUGCUUAUCUUACGAGAUAUCAGACUGGCAGUUCCCUUACAAACAGUCGCACCACCCAGUUUGUGUUCACGGUGAGCGACGACAUGCAUCAGUCAAACUUCGUAACUGUGAUCCCGGAGUCGAACCCGGAACUGAAGUUUACCAUUAUGUCGAGGCCGCUAACUGCAAAUGCCAGGUAUGUUCAUCGGAAGAUACCAGUUGUGAGUGGCUGCCUCCUGAUUCGUCGGUUCUUGGAGGAAUUAUUCUUCGAGAAGAAAUAGAGGAAGAAUUGGAUUAAUUUAAA